AUGAGGCUUGGGAAGAGAAAGGGGUUAAAAAGUAAAGAAAGUGAUCUGACCUUGAAUUGCUACAAAGAUCUUGGGAACAGGAAGGCCCCGUCUGGGCGUGCUAUCUGCCUGCCGCAGCAACCGUCUGGCGCCCAGAAGCAGCCGGAGGAGGCUGUGCUGGCAGGCAGCGCAGACAGCGGGCUGGUGCUUCUCCUCCGCUUGCCGAAAGAUGCAGGUAGUGUUUCUCAGCUUCCCUAUGGCAAAGCCCUCUACACGUAUGAGGGAAAAGAGCCCGGAGACCUCAAGUUUAACAAGGGGGACAUCAUCAUACUGCGGCGGAAGGUGGACGAGAACUGGUACCACGGGGAGCUCAAUGGGAACCAUGGCUUCUUCCCUGCCAGCUACAUCCAGUGUAUCAAGCCCCUGCCGCAAGCUCCACCUCAGGGCAAAGCACUUUACGACUUUGAAAUAAAGGAUAAAGAUCAAGACAAGGAUUGCCUGACCUUCACCAAGGAUGAAAUUUUGACCGUCAUCAGGAGGGUAGAUGACAACUGGGCAGAAGGAAUGCUGGGUGACAAGAUUGGCAUUUUCCCUAUCCUCUAUGUUGAGCUGAAUGAAUCCGCCAAGCAGCUCAUCGAGAUGGACAAGACGUGCUCGGCUGCCGCCUCCGGCUGCGACGUGCCGCUGCCGACGGAGACAGUGGCAGUGGCAGCGGUCGCUCCAUGCUCAAGGGUGGCCGGCGCCGGGGCGGCUGGGGCAGCCCAGCGGCAGGCGGAGGGCAAGAAGAAUGCCAAGAAGCGCCACUCCUUCACCGCCCUCAGCAUGACGCACAAGUCCUCCCAGGCUGCCAGCAACCGGCACUCCAUGGAGAUCAGCGCCCCCGUCCUCAUCAGCUCCAGCGAUCCGCGGGCGGCCGCCAGGAUCGGGGACCUGACCCACCUCUCCUCCAGCGCCCCGGCCCAGGAUUCGUCUUCGGUUGGAACAGCCACGGUGGCUGGUCCCAGGACAAGUGCAAUAAUUGGAGAUCAGGGAACACCACCGAAGGUCCAGCUCCCCCUCAAUAUCUACCUAGCCCUGUACGCCUACAAGCCUCAGAAGAACGACGAGCUGGAGCUCCGCAAAGGUGAGAUGUACAGGGUCAUUGAGAAGUGCCAGGACGGCUGGUUCAAGGGGACGUCUCUGAGGAGUGGGAUGUCUGGCGUCUUCCCAGGCAACUACGUGACACCUGUUUCAAGGGUGCCAGUGGGAGCUGGGCAGCCCAGGAACAGCGGAGCCGGGGGAGCUCCGGCAACGAAAGGAGCCCCAGGAGCCGGUCACACCAAUGCCGCCACGGCUGUCAGACCGGUUGUUCCUAUCACUGCGCCUCAGACGCAUCCCCAGCUACAGGCGGCCUCUCCGCAGCUGAAUAACUGCUUGAGGUAUUCAGCUCAGCAGCCAGCCAGCCAGACCCGCAACGCCAUGCAGACCGCAGCUCACCCCCCGGUGCCGGCCCCGGAGCGGCCCACUGCCACGGUCUCGCCCCUGCGAACGCCCAGCUCGCCCUCCCGCCUGCCAGCAGCAGCCAUCCGGCCUCACCCCGCCAUCUCCCCGCAGCACAGCCACCAGCCGCCCGUCCCAGGGGCCCGGCCCCUCAUCCCCCUCACCUCCGCCGCCGCCGCCAUCACCCCACCCAACGUCAGCGCCGCCCACCUCAACGGCGAGGUGGGCGGUGGGCCCCUGGGUGGCCCUGUCACCCCUGGCCCCGCCGGCAAGGCCGAGGAGAGGAAGAAUGAGAAGAAGGAGAAGAAGAGCGGGCUGCUGAAACUUCUAGCAGGAGCAUCAACAAAAAAGAAGUCACGCUCCCCACCGUCCGUGUCGCCCACGCACGACGCCCAGGCAGCCAUCGAAGGAGUCCUGCAAGGGGCAGUGGGACCCGAGCUCUCCUCCCUCUCCAGCCACGGCAGGGCCGGCUCAUGCCCUAUCGAGAGUGAAAUGCAGGGAGCCAUGGGGCUGGAGCCCCUGCACAGGAAAACAGGCUCCUUGGAUUUGAAUUUUUCCAUCCCUUCUCCUGCCAGGCAGCCCCUCUCUUCCAUGGCAGCUAUUCGGCCAGAGCCCAAGCCUUUGCCCCGGGAAAGGUACCGCGUUGUGGUCCCGUACCCGCCGCAGAGCGAGGCCGAGAUCGAACUGAAGGAAGGUGACAUUGUGUUUGUGCACAAGAAACGGGAGGACGGCUGGUACAAAGGGACGUUGCAGAGGAACGGCAGGACGGGCCUCUUCCCCGGGAGCUUUGUCGAGAGCUUCUGA